AUGAGCCCCAACCUUGUCCAGGGGGAACCAAAUCAACUGCCACAGGCCUUUCCGAGGAGGUGCAUAGAUUGUGGCUCGGGGCAAGCUUGUGAUGGGGCGCGUGCUUUGGGCCCGUGUGCGGAGGGAUAUUUGUGCCUCGCGGGCGUUGGGCCUGGAAAAUCUCCUGAUCUGUGGCAAAAUAUGUAUUCACCAGCAGCUGUGCAAGUUGGUGGCCCAUGCCCCAUAGGGCACUUUUGCCCAGAGGGAGCAACUGUCCCGACUGCUUGCCAAAGGGGCACUUCCACCGUAAAGGAAGGAGGCAAAACCGCACAAGAUUGUUUGCCUUGCAAGGCUGGGUGGUACUGCAGCUUGAAUUCAUCAGCACUUAUGGUGCUGCAAGCAGAGCUGAAUCUCGAGACAGCUGUCAAGAUUGCCCUCAAGGCAAGUGUUUCAUCUGCACAGCAGCGGAUGACCGGAGGGUCUGAUUUGUGUCGCGUGUGCUUUAUGCUUGAACCAGUGGAUACUUCUGUGAAGGGGCCGCCUCUCAACCUUCACCAUGCCCUGCCGGACGAGUCUGUGAAGAGGGUUCACCAGAACAACUACUAUGCCCUGCUGGAAGCUAUUGUCCGGCUGCCUCAAAAGUUCCUCUGUCUUGUCCCAAGGGGUAUUACUGUCCUGAGGGAUCUCCUUAUCCCAAGCCAUGUCCCGAAGAGGGGAACCCAUGCGCCCACUCCUGGGGCUUCUGCGUGCGACCCGUGUCCUGCUGGAUAUCUCUGCUAUGGAGGAACUGCCACAAGUGCACCCCAACUUCCAGAUAUCGAUUUGGGGGAACCUUGUCCCGCUGGUCACUACUGCCCAGCGGGCAGUUCUGCUCCACGGCCUUGUCCUCCCGGGACGUACAACGAUGAGGAGGCUGGAGCCAACUUACUUGAAGCCUGCAAGCCAUGUGAACCUGAUACGUUUUCAAACGUUUCUGGUCAAACUGGGUGUUUUGCAUGUGGCUCAACAUCUACAGCUGAGGCAGGGCAGAACACUUGUUCUUGUAUAGGCGCCCAUCGGUGGUUUCAGCCUAGCCAAGGGUCCUGCAUUUGCGAAGGCGGAUAUGAAAGCUACGACACUUCAGGAGCCUCUCUAUCCAACCUGGAUUCUCCUCUAGACUGUCAGCCCAUAGUGAGGGAAAACUGCCAAGGAUCUCAGCUGGCGCGUCUCGUUUUUCCAUCUACGAAAUUGCGUGACAAGGACGGUUCCUGUAUUGACCCGUCGGCUUGCGAGACCGAGUGCUCUGGCGGAAAAGGAGGCUUUCUAUCCUUGUCAGGACAGUGUAUGUGCCUGCCGAUCAGAGCUUCCAGCACAAUUUGCGAUCACCAAUGCAGGCAGGAAGCUGUCCGCGCACACUAUCGGGAUGGGACUUUGGAAUUCAGUACUGAGGCAGAUGGCUCCGUUGGACACCUGUCGUUUGCUGAUUUCUCGGCUAAUGGAAGAGUUCUGGGGAAAGUCAACUGCACUGCAGGAGUCAACACCGACUGUGCCGUUUAUUUUUACAACGCCACAAAGGAAGGAAUUUUGGGGCUCUUCGGUGUUCCCCAAAGCUUGCAAGAGGAGACUAAAGGCCGUGCGGUUGCAGAGGCCAGAAACGUUCGGGGGAAAGGUUUUAGGCGCCUUUCUGAGGGAACGCCUAAUCAGGCAGUCAAAUUUCCUGUACAGUGCCUACAACUCCAUGACACUGUUGCUUGGUGGGUGGGCGAUCAAGUGUAUCCCGUACUCCUGAAGGAUUCGCUUCUCAACACGAAUACCGCCAUUGACAUUUCCACGUUCCUACAGCUGGCCUCCGCUGUUGGAUCGAAGAAUGAUGCUAAGAACCUUAAAGCUAGGAAGGGAGUCACAUCCAACUUGGAAUACUUCGUCUAUACAUUCAGCGUCGAAGGAGUCUUUGCAUUCGGAACGAAUGAAGACAACAGUCCCCAGGCGAUUUUCUCUGUCGUCGGAGACGGAGUACAGUGCCCACCUGGAACCAGUCAGCUUGGCAUACUGUCUGAGCAUAUGAACUUCUCCAGAUAUCCUGAGGCAACAAGUGAUUCGUCUCUUGCACAUCUUGGAGUGCGGCUCCAGCAAAAUCUGAAUGUGGAACCGGACUUGACAAUAUUUUUACUGACGUUUGCUUGUUUACUCGUUGUUUUAGUUGUACUGUUGAUGUGUAUAUCGGAUGCCCGAAAACGGCAGUAUAAGAAGCGCCAGGCAUUAGAUCAUAAGGAUAUCAGCGAACGCAAAGAUCUUAUUCUGGGAAGCCGACAAGCGGCUUUGACAAUGAAAAGGAGGCUAGAAUCACUGCUGGCGGACCUGAUCGAACAGAGACUCUGCAAGCAGGAAAACAGCCAAGUACUUGCACUGCAGCCUGAGCAACUCGAAAGCAUGCUAUGUGGCAUACCCCAAGGCACUCCUCAGCCACAAGCAUUUGAAAAUGCGUUUGGAGCGCUUCAUGAGCUCUCAAUUAAGUUCAAGUCCUUUUCUUCCAUGUCCAGCCACCAAUUUCAUAGGGCAACGAAAGAUAUCGCACUGGAAAUUGGCGAGCUUCAAAAGGAUAUCCUUACGACUCUGAUGCCGAUUAAACAACGGUUGCAGCACCGUGAUCGGUUGAGAGGGCAGAUGGGUCCAAUUAUGGAGAAUAUUAAUCGUCUGCUAGGAGAAUUAAGAUCAGCGGAUCUAUUUAUGACCGUUGCGAUGUCUUCAACCGACGCUGAAGACGUUGACGAAGGCGAGCAUGUGCUGAUUGUGAAGAGGCUGCUUAUUCCUGCCAACGUUGGGGACCCUGCAACACUGCAUCUUCGGCUGCUUCGCGCAACAAUUUGUGGGGAGCGUUUCACUACCCAGAAAGCUGAUCGCUUCCAAGUGUUAACCGCUACUGCAAGGAUGUUAACUGCGUCGCUUUCGAGCAAUAAGUCUCAGCUACAAGAAGGUGAAAGAUGCGUGGAAGCGCUUUCACAAGAGAAGGAUCAGUUGUUGCAGGAGGCUCAAAGCCUACUAACCGACGGAUGCAAGCUGCUAGCGUCGGGAACAGAUGCUACAGAAAGCAUGAAAGAGAGAUUUGUGGAGUACAGAAGGAGGGACGAUGGUAUUUUGGACGUGUGCCGCAAACAGCACGCAGCAGCAAUUGACGCAGAGGUUUCUUCAGCAACACAAAGCCUUAUAGACCAGGAAGAUGCACUUCUACAGCUACACCUGAGUCGGCUCUUGAGUUUGGCUUCUGCUGCUCAAGGGGUACCUACAGAAAGUCGUAAUCAAAAAGCCUCCAAAUCCCUUCAAUUCUACACCAACGAGUGCAGAGCACACUUUAAGCAGGCUCUCAAAACGACAACAGAGGACCUACAGAAACGCCUUGUGGAGGUGCACACAGGAGAGGCUCUCGCACGUGACCACGCCUCCGCAGAGGCCCAACAGCAGCAACGCGAAUCCCUACUUGGAGUUCUUCUUGAUCAGAAGGCUCGGGGAGACGAGGAAUAUUUGGCAGGUGUCCACCGUCUCGAGCGGCAACUCCUACUUCUCUGCACCCAGCUUGCAAUACAGAACAAAAAGGCAGUUGAAGAGGAUGCCUUUCAGUCCACCAUGAGAACAGAAGCACAAAAUCUUCGGCGCCAAGCCAAGGCAGGGUGUUUAGAAGAGUCAGAAUAUAGGAGGCAAAAAGCAUCGCUGGCUUCUUCACUUGAGCUGAACAUCCAGAGAAUCACUAGAGAGCAAUUCGCUAACAAGGUUGAACGCAUUGAGCAGUUCGAGCGCGAGGCUACGAGGGCUUACGAGAGUCUGAUGGAGGCAACCCGCAAGCGCCAACGACUUGAAGAGGAGUUGAGGAGUGCUGAAUCAGACGCCUUUGGGAGUUUGAUGCGCCGGCGGCUCAAGCACGUAUGGAAAAGUGCUGCAGAGGAGAGGAAACUCCUACGAAAUUCCAUCAUUACAUCGUGGUCGCGGGCUACUGCGAACCAGGAGAGGCUUUUUGAAUUUGAAGUCAACCUCCAGGAAACCCUUGCGGCUGCACAGCUAGACAACGAAAAUGGGGAGGAAAACGCUUUGCGCCUCCAACGUGAACUGAAAGACAGGAAACAACAAACUGAAUCUUCAGUGGAAAUGAUGAUAGACAAGUGCCGAGAACUUCAAGGCCAGCUGCUACAGGAGAAUUUGGCGCGAAUGAAUGAGCUGCGGCACGAACAGGAUGAUGAAAUUAAAGCAGCGAUCGACGAAGCUAAGGCUUCGCUGUCGGAGCCCCGGGAACUCUGGCUUCGUGCUCUAGUGUGCGAAGCUGAUGUUGAUGCAGAAACCCAGGGCAACCUUCAGGCCGUUGUGGAGCAACAUGCACUAAAUGUGGCAGUGAGCUGCUUAGAGGCCGCAGGGCAAAGAUAUUAUCAUGAAGCUGCUGCGGAAGAAAAAGAAACUGCAGAAUUAGAAUCGCUUGCCUUGGUUGAGGAGCAAUUUCAGGCGGAACAGCUCCAGCAAAGAGUUCAGGAACGAACAGGCCUUUUGAAGGCUGUAUAUGACGAAGAAUUCCACCGGGGCUCUGAUGCGCUUUUGGCCACAUUCCAACAGCACCGAGAGGCUUGCAAGCGGUCCCGAGAUAACAUAAUGGAGGCUCAGCGCCAGCUAAUACAAAACCGCCUGACAACUGACUAUUGGUUGCGGGAGACUCAAGACUUGCUUUGGCGUGGAACAACAAGCGCCUCUGCCGAUGAAGGGGCGCAGCAUAGAGGGGAGUUCGCAUUCUCUUGUUUUUGCAGUGAUUGGGAGGAGGAUCUCCUCACUUGGCAGUCUGGACAAAUUAACGAACGGCUUGACGCCAAUGGAAUACAGGACAACCGGCUCAAGCAACCUCGUGGACCUGAUUGGGCUGCUUCCUGUGCCUCAUCGGUCCCAAAGACAGAUGACGGCUUACAGGGCAGCGAUAUUAGCCAAAACUCUCCGUCUGGGCAGGCAUCCGGGGAGACCCCGCAAGUAACGUUGAAUAGAGAAUUUUGGGCAAGGAGCAAGGGUUUUCUCGAUAGCAUAUCUAGCGCACAGAAGGAAAUAAGCCUUGCCGAAUCUGAAUGGCUGCAAAAAUGUAGGGGAAUUCAAGGCGGGAGGACAGCUUCAGCUGCAGAUGACACGAAAAUUACAAGAGCACAAAACACACGCCUGGAGCAGAUGAAGGAGACGUUUCGAAGCAAGGCUGCCGAACUCCGUAAGGAUUAUGAAGAGGAAAUACAGAACUUGCUGAAAGAAGAUAAGGAGGCAGAGGCGCAAAUCGAACGCUCUAGGCAGGCGGAGGCCGCAAAUCUUGAAAUGUCAUUCAGAGUUAGGGAGGCUAGUCAAGAUAGCCCUGAAGAACGAGAGGAGUUAAAACUCCAGCGAGAAAAAGCCCUGGCUGAAAUGCUCAACGACAUGCAGGUCCAGCGAGAUACUCAAAAGGCAAAUAUCCAGCGGCGACUCGAAAAGGCGAGGAAAGCGCUUGAGGAGAAACAGGAGCAGCUUUGUCAGCAAUUUGAAGCAUGCAGGGAAGAGGCACGAAGGGAAUUCUUGGAGUUGAGCAACAGCAUGGUGGAAAAGGAACGAAAUGAUAAGAAGGCCCAGCUGUUGGCAGCAGCUCGAAUGAACCCAAGCGCCGAGAACAUUUACGCACUUCACAACCAGCUGAAGGAGGAGUACCGAGAGGACUUUAAAGCUCUAGUACUUAAGCAGAUGCAAGAAAAGGCGAAAUAUAGGCACAACGCUGCGGUGGAGCGCAGAGCUGAAGAGGCCAAGCACGUGGACACAACUGCUGAAAGCAAUGUGGCGAUCCCUGCGUGGGAAGGAGUACCUGAGCGUGCAAAGCUGAAAAGGGAGCCAACUGAGAAAACUGAGCUGCAUCAGGCAAAGGUUCGGGAAAUCCAAGAAGCGGCGCAAGAAGCCGCGCUACAGGACGAAGCCUUGGGCUUACAAGAGGAACAUCUUGCGCGCGUCAUUGAAACACUGAGGGAAUUUGCUGGAGCUAAAGAUUCACCCGCGAAUACUUUGCUUGAGCAGGCUAGACAGGAGAAGUCGCGACUGACGCAAGAGCGUGACGACCUCCGCCGAUUUGUCUCAGCUAGGCUUCAAGAAGUGGAGAAGCUGGUUCUUGAGAGAAAACAGGCCGAAGAAAAGAGGAAACUGCAGGAGUCUCACGCAGUUGCUCAGCAACUAAAGAUGGCAGCAAAAGCUCAGGAAGCAGCAGCAAGGAAACAGGCACAGGAAAAACAGUUACAGAGGCAGCAACAGAGGCACAUAGAGGAGGCCCGCAAGUUGCAACAGUUUAUCGAAGCGAUGGGCUCUGAAGGCAAAACUCUAGAUGACCUCAGGCAGGCGUCAGAGCGUCGCAUGGAAAAACUGCGUCGCGCAGUGGAGAGAGAGCGACAGAGGCAAAGAGAAGUGCUUGCAUCCAAGCGCAACGCCCGGGCAGCAAGGCAGGCAAAAAUGUCUCGUCAGAGACCAGCAGUUGAAGCAGAAGGAGACCACGCUGAGAUGAAAGAUGCGCAGGGAUUACUGCAAUCUAUCGCAACAAAGUGCACAGCUACAAUUGGCGAAUCUGCAGACUCUGACGCAGGGGAGAACGAUUUCAGGAAAUUUGUGUGGAAAAUGGAUGUCAAGGCUUUUGCAGAAGAAAGACUGCAGAAGUUAGGGGAAGCUUUAGUGCUAUUUCUUGAGAGGGUUGAGUCCGCAACGAAUUCUGGAAAACAGGAGGAAGGGGGCGUUGUCAUUUCGGGAGAACUCAGGCAGACUGUUUUACAGGUUACAAAGGUCCUACAGGCCAUUAAUGUGGCUCACUCUGCAUCUGCAAAUUGA